AUGGGAUUGAGUUUGGAUCCAAACGUGACGUUGCCGUGCAGACCUCGAGCUGAGAAAGAAUCGGACGUACAAGAAAAGGCAAACGUGGAAGUCGCUGGUAUCGAGAAUGCGAAGAGUGAAGUCGUCACGGAAUUAGAGAAUGAAGCAGCCCAGAUCACAAGACUAGAACGUCACAUUGCACCUGGUGAAGUUCAGUUUCUAACUAAUUUGCUCUUGAAAUAUGGAAAUGACUACAAGAGAAUGGUUAGAGAUAAAUCAAACUACUACCAACAUACAUACAAGCAACUGAAGAGGAAAUGUGAAGCAUUCCUGCUAUCAAAACAAGGAGAGCAAGCGAUGAGACAACUAGAACAACAACAAAUGUGA